AAAUGAAAUGUUUAAUCUACAAGUGGUUCUUCUCUUGACAGGACGCAGCUAGCAACUACCUGACAGUCGACGUUUUCACGUUCACAGUAACACAUCAACACAACACAGCUACAAUCAUGCCGGGAAACGGAUUAUUGGAGACUUCUCCAAACUAUGUUAUCAACAAAGCUGUUGCAGCUAGGUUUCAGCAGCUACCUCAGCCCAAGGAUAAGGUACAAGUUAUGUACGUAUGGAUCGACGGAACUGGACAAAAUCUCAGAGCUAAGUCCAGAACAUUAGAUUUUGUACCCACAAAACCUGAAGAACUCCCAAUUUGGAAUUACGAUGGAAGCUCUACAUACCAAUCACAAGGAUCAAAUUCUGAUACAUUUUUAUAUCCAGUGGCGAUUUUCAAUGACCCGUUCAGGUUGGCACCCAACAAACUUGUUAUGUGCGAAACGUACAAACAUGAUCAUACUCCCACUGAAACAAACCACCGUAAAGCUGCUUUAGAAGUUAUGACAAAAGCCGCCGACCAAAAACCAUGGUUUGGGAUUGAACAAGAAUACUCUUUACUAGACACAGAUGGUAAGCCUUUUGGAUGGCCAAAGACAGGAUUUCCAGGUCCUCAAGGUCCGUACUAUUGCGGUGUUGGUGCUGAUAAAGUGUAUGGACGUGACAUUGUGGAGGCUCAUUAUCGUGCAUGCUUGUACGCCGGAAUCAACAUAUCUGGAGAGAAUGCUGAAGUUAUGCCAGCGCAGUGGGAAUUCCAAGUUGGACCAUGCGAAGGAAUCAGCAUUGGUGAUCAUUUAUGGAUGGCUCGUUUUAUUUUACAUCGUGUUGCCGAAGAAUUCGGUAUUGUGGUAACACUUGAUCCAAAACCUGUACCAGGAGAUUGGAAUGGUGCUGGUGCCCACUGUAACUUUUCAACUCAAACUAUGAGGGAAAACAAUGGAAUAAUUGAAAUUGAAAAGGCUAUUGACAAAUUGUCGAAACAACAUGUGAGACAUAUUAAGGCAUAUGAUCCAAAUCAAGGCAAAGAUAACGAACGUCGUUUGACUGGUAAACACGAAACUUCUUCGAUUCACGAUUUUUCGGCUGGCGUUGCUAACCGUGGAGCCAGUAUUCGUAUUCCUCGUGGUUGUGCUGAAGAAAAGAAAGGUUACUUGGAAGACCGCAGACCAUCGUCGAACUGCGAUCCAUAUAGUGUCUCUGAAGUCAUUGUACGCACUGUGUGCCUAAACGAAUAGAAUACCUACUAAGAUAAUAACAUAUACCUAAUCUGCAAGAUAAAUUUAUUUCCCCACCACAGAAAAAAGCGAACAUUAUCUCAUAUAUAUAUAUAUACAUAUACAUUUGUUACUA